CUGUAACGCUUAUCACUGUCUAUGGACUGGGCGACCUAUGCUUAGCGAUAAGGCGCUAUCUAUGGCAAUCCGGAUCUUGACCAACAUUUCAGAUAUGGUGAUGUUCACCCUUAGAGCGAAUAGCCUCCGCGACUCACCUUCUCUAAAUUCGAAGUGCCAGACGUAGACUCUGGUCCUUGGCCGUGUGUGCACGUUCGGCGUCCUUACAUUUCGUAACGAUGAAGGUUUUCGGUCGAGCUAUGACGCGGACGGGUAUGUUACAGCCAGGAGCUAAGAUCCAUCACAUCCACAAGCUGACUAGCUUGUUCUCGCCAUCCUUCAUCUACGCUCCAGCCUCUUCAUCCACCUCCCAUCCACUCGUCUCCACCCGCUGGAUCCACACACCACUCCCACCGCUCAGUCAGUCAUCCAUCCACCUCAGUCUAUUUCAACCGCGUCCUCCUGAUCACUACUCUAUGCCAUCCACAUUCGCCCUCCCCCGCCUCCUUCCACCCGCCCUCCUUCCACCCGCUCUCCACCCUCCUCACGACGCCCACCCGUCGCUACGGAGGCCUCACCCACACCAAACCCACCCGCGAGGCGCCCUCCUCCCCCGUCCACUUCGGCAGGAGCCUAGAGGACGUCGCGGCGGGAAGACCGUAUCUCGAGGCCUACGAGGUCAUCGAAGACUUCGCCGACGUGCUGCUCGACGAGGAGGCCAUGGCGACGGAGAGGGCCUUCCGCGGGGACGCCGCGAGGGGGCCCCCCGGCGCCCCGCCCCUCCCCGCGGCCCUCCUCCCUGGCCCCAAGUCGUGGCCCCUUCUAGGAUGCCUGCCCUACAUGCUCAGGCACCCAGCCUUCGACCCGAACCGCGUGUACCUUUUCUGGCAAGCGGUCACGCAAGAGUUCGGUCCGAUCUUCCGGAAGGACAUGCCUGGUCAUCCGAAUCUCGUGUUCAUCACCGACCCGGGAGAUGUGUUCACGAUGUUCCACACGACCAUGCUAAAUCCCGUUCGACCUGGCAUGACCUCGCUCAAGAAGAUUCGCGAAGACACUCACAAGGAGAGGGAGAAGGGAGGGAGAGGGUGUCCAGCCGGCGAUCUCUUCUGCAAUGGCGCUGGCAUUCUGGCGGAACAGGGCGAGAAGUGGUGGCGGGUUCGACGUCGCGUCCAGAGGCCCAUCACAGACCAAGACAUCAUCAGCCGCUUCCUGCCGGACAUGGACGAGGUCGCGAAAACCUUCGUCAGGAGAAUUAGGAAUUUACGAGACAGGAACAACGAGAUGCCACACACCUUCAAGAACGAGAUCUAUAAGUGGUCUUUAGAAUCCUUAGCAACAGUCGCCCUCGAACGUCGCUUAAACUGCCUCGAGGACGACCUCCAGGCGUCGCCCGAAUCAGCACGCCUCAUUCCCUUGGCCAAGCAGCUCCUCGAGGCUCUGCACGAGACCGAGAAUGUGAAAUUGUGGCAGUAUUUCCCGACGGCUUCCAUAACGAGGCUGAAGGAGGCGCACGACGUGUUCAGCGAGUGUGUGCUUAUUCCAGAACACGGAGAGAGGCUCGCAUCCCGCAGGGGAGGAGAAGACCCACGGAGACCGAGUUUGCUGGAGACGCUGCUCGCCACCCCCGGGUUGACGAGGGGAGACGUCCUCACCUUCCUCAUUGAUCUGCUGGCCACUGGCAUCGAUACUACAUCCCAUGCUGUGUCCCACAUGCUGUACCUUUUGGCAAGGAAUCCCGAAGUGCAGUCUCGUCUCAUUAAUGAAGUUGAUGCCGAAGUCGGCAAACCCGAACACCUUUUACCCGAACACAUUGCCAGCCUUAGCUACGCCAAAGCAGUUUUCAGAGAGACCUUGAGAGUCAUGCCCGUCGGUGUUGGUAUCAUUAGGAGACUGAACCAGGACACUGUGCUUGGGGGUUACCUGGUACCUAAAGGGUGGCAGGUCGUGGCUCCAACGAUGCUUAUCAACCACCAGGACUCCAUCUUCCCGAGGGCGAAGGAAUUCCUGCCGGAGAGGUUCCUUCGGGGGUCUCCUCUCGCGCCCACGCACCCCUACGCCUUCCUGCCGUUCUCCUUCGGCACCAGGAUGUGCAUCGGCAGGAGGGUCGCCUACCAGGAGAUCAUGUGCUUGCUCAUAAGGAUUCUGAAUGAAUUCACCGUGGAUUACAAACAUGAGGACAUGCAUCUUGUCAACAAGCUGGGUUACGGGCCUUCGCACCCUCUGAGGUUUACGUUCAGUGACAGAAACUGAACCGGUGUGCAGGUGCCAUUGUGGAAGUGUGUGUGUGUGUGUGUAAGAGAGAGAGAGAGAGAGAGAGAGAGAGAGAGAGAGAGAGAGAGAGAGAGAGAGAGAGAGAGAGAGAGAGA